CUAAAAAAAAUUGAUUUAAAAAAUAAAAAAUAUUCGGAAAUCAUGGCCAGACUAAUUGGCCUGUUGAGUGGCGUGGUGUUGCUCCUUGGCUUCCAAGCAGCCUCGGCCUGUACCGGUGAUGGCAGUGUAACGGAUAAUACCUUGGCCAGCAAGGACUGGUGGCAGGUGUCGCAAUUCUACCAAAUUUACCCCAGAUCCUUUAAGGACUCCAAUGGUGAUGGCAUUGGUGACUUGAAGGGUAUUAUUUCCAAACUCAGCUAUUUGAAGGAGAUUGGGGUAAAUGCCACCUGGCUUUCGCCCAUCUAUGUCUCGCCUAUGGCCGAUUUUGGUUAUGACAUUGCCAAUUUCUUUGACAUCCAACCGGAAUAUGGUAGCCUGGAGGAUUUCGAUGAACUCAUCAAGGAGGCCAAUAAAUUGGGUCUGAAAAUAAUUAUGGAUUUUGUGCCGAAUCAUUCGAGUGAUGAGAAUGUGUGGUUCCAGAAAUCGGUGAAUCGGGAGAAGGGCUAUGAGGAUUACUAUGUCUGGCAUGAUGGCUAUGUGGAUGAAAACGGGCAAAGGAAGCCACCCAGUAAUUGGUUGCAGGCCUUUCGGGGUAGUGCCUGGGAAUGGAAUGAAAAGAGACAGCAAUACUAUCUGCAUCAAUUUGCGGUGAAACAACCUGAUCUGAAUUAUCGUAACCCCGAUGUGGUGGCCCAAAUGAAACGGGUCCUCACCUAUUGGCUGGAUCGUGGUGUGGCUGGUUUCCGCAUUGAUGCCGUACCCUGGAUGUUUGAGGUUCUGCCCGAUGAAAAUGGCCGUUAUCCGGAUGAACCCUUGUCGGGUUAUACCAGUGAUCCCGAAGACUCGGCCUAUCUAAAGCACAUCUAUACGCAGGAUCAACCGGAAACCAUUGAUAUGGUCUAUCAAUGGCAUCAGCUUUUGGAGGAUUAUCAAAGGGUCCAUGGUGGCGACACCAGGGUUUUGAUGAUUGAAACCUGGUCCAGCAUUGACCAGGUGAUGAAAAUGUAUGGCAACAAGACUGUGAAUGGCGCCCAAAUACCCUUCAAUUUCCAAUUCAUCAGUGCUGGGAAUGAUAAUCAAAACAACACCGACUUGCCGGCGGGAGGAUUUACGAAGAUCAUCAAGAAAUGGAUGGAUAAUAUGCCGUCGGGCAAGACGGCCAAUUGGGUGAUGGGCAACCAUGACAAGCGUCGUGUGGGCAGCCGUUAUGGUGAAAACCGAAUUGAUCUCAUGAACAUGCUGCAAAUGUUCCUGCCAGGAGUCAGUGUCACCUACAUGGGUGAAGAAUUGGGCAUGGUCGACUUGGAGAUCUCCUAUGAUGACAGUGUUGACCCGGCCGCGUGUAAUGCCAGUCCGGAUAAUUAUAAGCAAUUUACACGUGAUCCCGCCCGCACACCCUUCCAAUGGAGUUCGGCGGAUAAUGCUGGCUUUUCCAACAACAGCGCCACCUGGUUGCCCAUCAAUCCCAAUUACAAGACUGUCAAUGUUGAGACAGAAAAGGCGGCCAGCAAAAGUCAUUUGAAUGUCUACAAACAAAUGUCCCAGCUGCGUCAGACGAAGACACUGCAGUAUGGUGGGUUGCAGUAUGGCAAUGUUGGGGAUAAUAUUUUGGCUGUUAAGAGAUCCCUGCCCAAUGAGAAAACCUACAUUCUCUUGGCCAAUGUAUUGGAUAAGGCCCAAAAGGCCAAUGUCGUGGAUGUCAUCAAGGCCUCGGGAAGCUAUAAAACCAAAAUUGCCAAUAUCAUAUCGACCAGGAAGGCUGGCGAUGUGGUGGCCUUGGACAAUUUCGAUUUGAAUGGCUAUGAGGCCAUUAUUGUAGAAUCCGAUUGAAUUUAAAAACAAUUUCUGAGAAAGAAAAAAAUUAAAAUUUUUACAAAAAAGAAAAAAAAUAACAAAAUGUUUUAUUU